UCCAGCUGUGGUUAAAACGGUUCUGUGGUCGUAUAUUCAUUCAGGAAAGGAGAAGGAAUGGAUCUAUAUUGGUCUUUGCUACUUUUAAUGGGCUUGUCUAGCCUUAGUUUGGUGGCCGCCUUUGACGAUACCUUAGAGGCGCCCAGCUGUUUUGAACUUACUGACGACAAGUGUCCCAAUAGCAACAUAUCUUUCUGGAUAUAUACGAAAAGUAAUCCCAAUGGUACGAAAGGGAAUGUAACGAAUCUAAGCUUGCUUACUCCCCAAAGGCCGUUAAAAGUUCUGAUUCAUGGAUUUAAUGGAAACCGGGAUUACACUCCAAAUGACCAGCUACGUUCCUUGUUACUAGGCCGCGACUACAAUGUGGUAUCUGUGGACUACGCCAACCUCGCCAAGGAGCCGUGCUACUAUGAGGCGGUUCUCAAUGCGCCGAGUGUGGGUCGUUGCCUGGGCAGAAUGCUGAGAACCCUUCUCUACCAUAAGAUUGUUAAGAAUGAAGAUAUUCACCUCAUCGGCUUUGGUUUGGGGGCUCAUGUGGCCAGCUUUGCCAGCAAUUUUUUGAAGGAGCCAGUGUACCACAUCACCGCCUUGGAUCCCGCCAAGCCAUUUUUUUUGGUCUCGGAUCUGGCCAAGAAACUGGAUCCCAGUGAUGCCAAGUUUGUGGAUGUCAUCCACACGGAUGUAAUGAUGCUGGGACUGUUGGAUCCGGUGGGCCAUGUCGAUUUCUACGUCAAUAUGGGCCUUAGCCAGCCCAAUUGUGGUGCCAAAAACAAGAUGGAUACCCAUGCCUGCUACCACAAUCGCUCGGCGAUAUACUAUGCCGAGUCAUUGAGCUCUCCCACCGGAUUCUAUGGCUAUCACUGCUCCAGUUUCAAGGAUUUCGUAUCGGGUGCCUGCUCAACCAAAGAUGAUGUGCAGCUGAUGGGAUUAGACGUCAGCCCCCAAAGUGCCAGGGGACGCUACUUUUUGGAUACCAAUGACGCCCCUCCAUAUGCCAUGGGCAGGACCAAUAAACUGAACCGCCAGGUGAUGGGACGUACCUACGUAAACGAUGAAAUCAUGAAGAAAAUGUUUGGCAUUGGGACUGAAUAGAUAUGUGG